GUAACCACGAGUUUCUGCUUGUCAUUGGAUUACUGCGCACAAGAACAUACAAAUACUUCUUUGAAACUUCUUCCCUCCAGACGUAGGAUAACAUCUUCUGCACAGACGGUUCAUAUUCAUCAAGACACGGACAUGGGGGAACUGCAACACAUGCAGAUGGCGUGGAAAGCAAUGAGGUCCACGAAGAUGCUUGAGGACAUGGACAGACCAGGCUUCUUCAAGCAGUACUACCAAACCGUCCGCCAAUCCAUAACUAAUGACGUGCUGCAGGAGUUCUCAAAACUCUCCUCCGAUGAAGAAAAAGUCCGCUUCUGUUACGAGAAAAUCCCGGCAGUACACGAAAUUGAUAUACGCACAUUUUAUCAUGGAAAAUCAGAAAGAGAUGCACUCGAGAGAAAAGAAGCUGGAAACAAAGCUUUUGGACGGAAAAAGAACGUAGAGGCGUUGCAUUGUUAUAGUCAAGCAGUUGUAAAGGCACCCGUGUUAUCUGAGGAGAACGCCGACCCCCGCAAGAUGACGCUCUACCCCAUCUGCCUGGCUAACCGCUCCGCUGCGCUCUACCACCUCAAAGACUUCUACUACUGCGUCAAGGAUAUAGAUGAGGCCCUGGAGCAUCACUACCCCAAGGAGCUCAAGUUCAAGCUGUACAAACGCAAGGCGCGUAUCUUGGUGGACCUGAAGCGGCACUUGGAAGCUCGGGACUCGUUUCGACAGGCACUCAAAUGGCUCGACUGGGCCAAAAUGGAUCGUGAUAAGAGGAUGGAAGUUCAGAAAGACAUACAGAAGUGGCUUAGCAUAUUUGAGAGCGGCAAAGUCGUCAAGAAUGUGGGAGACUUCCGUGUGAAGCUGUUCCCCACGGUGCCGCCGCUGACCCAGGGCCCACAUUCUGUCUUCCCGACGCUGUCCAGCAAACUCGAGAUGCGAUACUCGCCCACGCAGGGCCGCUACGUCGUCGCCGCUCAGGACAUCGAAUUCGGCGACGUCGUCUGCACC